CUAGGAAAAGGGCAAAUCAACCAAAUCAUCCAAGGCUGGGGUUGGGGCCAAGAGCAGGGCGAAUCUUUGCGAUCGAUUCUAGCCCUAACUCUCUUGUGGGUUAAGGGUUUUCGCUGAUCUGUUUCUGUAAUUAAGGGCUGCGGUCGAUCAAUCGGACGCCUUGGAGGGUCAGCAACAAUGGGGAGGAUGGCGAGGAGCUGCAUACAGUCGGUUCUGAAGCUGAUGAAUUCGUUGAUUGGCAUGGUCGGUAUCGCCAUGAUUCUAUAUGGCUUGUGGAUGAUUAGGGAUUGGCAAAGGCAAAUGAGUCAUCGUCCUUCCCCUUUCGUCGGUCCCGACUCUCCUCCUCCCUGGUUCAUGUACACUUUUCUUGCCCUUGGGAUCUCUUUGUGUGUGAUCACGUGUUCUGGGCAUGUUGCAGCAGAGACUGCUAAUGGUUGCUGCCUCUAUUGCUAUAUGCUGUUCAUCUUCUUCUUAAUUGUGCUGGAAGCUGCGGUGACUGCUGAUGUAUUUCUGAACCACAAAUGGGAGGAGGACUUUCCAGCGGAUCCAACUGGGUAUUUUGAUGACUUCAAACAUUUUGUCAAGAAGAAUUUUGAAAUGUGCAAAUGGAUUGGCUUGACAGUUGUUUGUGUCGAGGGACUCUGUAUAUUACUGGCUAUGAUUCUGAAAGCUUUGGGGCCGCAUCAAGAAAGAUACUAUGACAGUGAUGAUGACUAUUCUCCAGAUAGGGUCCCACUCUUAAAGAAUUAUGUCCAUCCACCUUACGUUGUUGGUGACCCCAUCCAUAGAUCCAAGAAUGAUUCUUGGCAAAUAAAAAUUAAUGACAAGGCAAACAAGUAAAAGAGGAUUUGGACACCAACUAAAGCCAGCCUUUGGAUGACUGAAGAAGAAGAGACAAGACACCCCAUAAGAGUUGAAGAUCGAAAGGGGGGGCAAAAAGUCCUUAAGAGGUGUACUAAGCAGGUGAAUGAAUCCAGUAUAGAAAUUAUCCCAUAUACAUAUCUGUGGUGUAAAAAAUGAAAUUUAAUGCAACCUUCCUGUCCUGUGCAACCGUCUCAAAAUAAUAGAAAGCCGGGGAAUUAGUAUCA